AAGAAUUGUGUUUUUGCAGGACUGUAAAUUUCGGUAAACAGUGACAAGUGCAAAUUUCUGCUGAAUUUUAAAAAAUUGUGUUAAAGUGAACGACUUUUUGGAUAAUAGGAAUUAAAAGAAGGAAACAAUGCAAAGCCAACGAAGGCAAUCCGCCGGUUCCGCCAUUCCGAAAGCGCCGGCCGUGAAGCGCCGCAUGUCCCGCCACGGUUCGGUCCUGAUUGAAACCACCCCGCGGCAAAUCCCCUGGGACCUCGUAGAUCGACUGCUGGUUCCAAUCAUCGGAUGCCACGCCGCGGCCAUUGUUUGCUCCGGAGUGUUCAACUUUCUCGGAAUUUCCCAGGUGUCGGCCUUUGUGCUGUUCCUGUUCUUCGCGAUCCUGACCGUCGGUGCCGCCAUCGGAUUCCACAGUCUUAAGGUAGGUCCGGGAUGUGGGGGAUAUUGACCCGUUAUCGCCCAA